UUGCAGACUACUUCUCCACUAGCAUCAGUAUUUAUUGCUGUUCAGCACAAUGCUUCAGAUAUUGAAACUGCCGAGGCACCUAUGACAUACACUUACGGCAGCCGUGACUUUGCUGCAGUGUUCUUUUAUUGUCUUAUAUCCAUUGUUAUGCACGCCAUCAUCCAGGAGUAUGUUUUGGAUAAAAUAAACAGAAAACUUCAUUUAUCAAAAGUAAAGCAUAGCAAAUUCAAUGAAAGUGGCCAGCUGUUGAUAUUUACUGCUGUAUCUGCUGCUUGGGCCGUCAACAUACUUAUAAAUGAUAAUGUCAUAACAGAUAUCACAGCAUUAUGGUCAGAUUACCCAACUGGCCAUGCUCAGAUGUCAUUUAUGUUGAAAUUUUACUUCAUCAUUCAAAUGUCUUACUGGUUGCAUUGCUACCCUGAACUGUACUUCCAAAAGACCAAACGGGACGAAAUUUCGGGCAGAGUACAACAUGCAACAUUAUACUUGAUCUUUUGUAUAGCUGCUUAUGUUUUGAAUUUCAACCGAGUUGGACUUGUUUUACUCAGUCUGAGAUUUGUUGAAGAAGCUAUUUUGCACAUCUGUAGAUUGCUUUAUUUUGCUGAGAAAGCAUCAGCGGCUAGCACAGGUUUCAGUGUGUGGAAUGUUGUGUUUGUAAUGUCUAGGCUAGCUAGUAUCAUUGUUGCAAUUCUUACUUUCCAUUAUGGGUUGGCCAUAAAUGAAAAUCAGGUUUUAGACAUAGCUACUGGAAACUUUAAUAUUCCACUUGUAAGGUUGAAUGCAUUAAUAGCAGUGUGCUUGAUACAAGCAUGGAUGAUGUGGAAUUUCAUUCAUUUCCACUUGCGAAAACUACGAGAGCGUCAAGCUGAAGCUCUUGCCUUGCAACUAAAAGCCGUGGAAAAGAAAGUCAAGACUAAGAACAAGAAGGAUGAUUCAAAGCGCAGUUCAGAGGAGGAUGUUAGUGAGUUACCAGAAGUGGACCAGCAGACAAGAAGACGUCGAUAGGAGGAAAUGAAUUUUGGCUAUAGUGCACAAGUAUCUCGUUUACAGUUACAGUCACUUUCUGUAAUGGAAUAGUAAUGUGUAUCAAGGAAAUAUCUAAAAUUUCCUGUUGAUGAUUGUUAAGCAUAUACCAUUACAAUAAUUCUUUUAAUAUGAAUAUUUAUUAGUUUUACAGUAGACGAUAAAUGAUUACAAGUGAUGGUUGUAAGAAAUGCAGUUGCCUAUCUGAAGGCAAGGAUUUUGAAGUAUUUUGUAAUUUAUUACAAUGCUGUUUAUGAUUAAUUGUAAUUGUUGGAUCAUGGAGGUAAAAUAUUCUUUUGUAGGAUUGUAUAUUUCUUCAUUAAUAUGAAAGCUGUUCAGAUGUAUUUGUGCAAUUUUCAUAAGCUUUUUGUACAAGCUUCUAUAUUAUUGAGCAUAGUCUUAUUCUGUAAAUAUAUGCAGUUGGCCGUCGUGGGUACACUUUUAGGUUAUUUUUCAUACUGUAAAUAGCAUAUAAUAGAUCUUUUAUAAACAAUAUACUCUUAUGUAUGAUGUUUGGUAACUUGACAUUUAUAUAAUGGCUUAUAUUUUGGGUCCUUAUUAUGUGAUAAAAUGGGGCAUGUCAGUUAUGAGAUUUUUUUGGCAAGCAAAUUACUUAGAAAUAGGGUAAAGAGAAAUUAGGUAUAUUGUAUUUUUACACUUUGUGCACAAUGUACGUAGAUCCCCAUGAUUCUGGUAAAGGUUUCACAGUAGGUUUAGUUAUGAUACAAUUACUUUUAAACAGAUAGUAACAAUUUUGACCAUACGAAUUGUCACCAAGCGAUUUAAAAUAGCUUCCAAUUAUUUGUUCCUCCUGCAGCAAAGUGUAUUAUAAAUCCUAGGUUUAUAAAUUAAUAGUGGAGUAGCAUGUUAUACAAAUAUUUGCAAUUUUAAAGCUUGGCUAAGUUUUUAAGCUUUGUUGAUCUUGGUGCAGGAUUACUUUUAGUGGCUCAUUUAUUUCAAGUUGUUUAUGGUUACGGUGUUGAGUGUUUGCACUAAGGGAAAAAUAUUUUGGGAGUUGUUGUCAAUAAAAGUUAAAAUUUGAA